AUGACGCUACACAAGCAUUUCACUACACUUGCUACACUUGACAAGUGCAAUUCUGUGCUUGUAUGCUUCAGUUGGAGUUGCCUUGUGCGAUCAGGGAAGUUUUGGAGGGUGGCAGACUUUUCUCACCAUGGAGUGCUCAACCUUGGACAGGAAGGACUGCUGGUGUCCAACAGAGAGUUUGAGCUUUGGAAGGCAUGGUUUCACCACUACACCCACCACCUCAUAUCCUGUGGUGCAAGCCUACUCACCCUAAAAGCCAGCUUUGACCUGGGGGACCAGUGCAACAAGUGGGGGGAGCUUCUCUCUGACCUUCUAAAAAAUGUCCACUGCAGGGAUCUCCGCCAACUGGAAUUGAACUAGGCAUUCACACUACUGGAGCCACUGGACCUGCGGGUUGGCUCCAUUUCCCACCACAACAACAUUACCAAGAUCACGAUGGACCAGUUCACUAACUUUCAGGUACUACUGGGCAAACUGUCCCACAGCUGCCCUCGGAUCACCUAGAUGCGCCUGCAUUUUGACUGGUCUGAGACAUCAGUGUCACUCCUCACUCAGUUCCAGCACCUCCGUGUCCUUGAACUCAAGUACUUUUGGGUCUUCAAAGGCACUUUGCAGAUCCUGACCAAGUCACUGCCCAACCUUAAGUCCCUGACAUUGCAAUCGUACAUGCUGGAGUCCAUAUCUCUAGAGUUCCUGGAUGUAUCACCUAGUCAUGGUCUAGUCUUCUCAAGUCUUAAUCUGCCAGCAUUACGGGAGCUAAGGGCCAAAAAUAUUGCCCGUGGCAUUACUUUACGUCAAACCAGGCUUAGGAUACAGAGCAGGUGGCGUAUGUACCAGGUACUAAGAGAGGGGACCACCAAGCUACAGGCCCUCAACAAUGAGUGACUGCUUCCUGAUUGGAGAGAGCAGAGUUCCAGAGAACUAUCAUCUAUCCUCCAGCAGUCCUGUUAUUGCCUCCAACACCUGGACAGUUGGCUCUGGUAAACGAAAUGCUCAGGCUCCAAUCCAAUGUUAGCUGGAACAUUUUAGCUCAUUCCCUCACCAUUCCAUUGCACAAAAUUAUUGUGCAUUUGAUUUUUGAUACUUAUUUAAAAUCCUUAUUUAACCUGUCUCCUCCCCUUCCAUCUACAUUGAUUGAAGUGCAUUUAACAAGUGACCUCAAUAAGGGAUCAUGGCUUUCACCUGGAUUCACCUGCUCAUUCUAUGUCAAGGAAGGAACAGGUGUCCUUAAUGUUUUGUAUACUCUGUGUAUUUUAU